UUAUUACUAAUAAUUACUAAUUGGUUUAUGGUUAUUUCUUUUAGUGAUAAUAUGGUCUGAUCGGUGUUCGUCGUUUGGUUCCAUUCGAUUGUUUGGUAAACGUGCGUAGAGUGUGGACAAAAUACUGUCUUAUAAAUAAAUCUCUGUUAGUUAUUAUCAUAACAUCAUCAUAAUUAUUAUUUUCGUUAUUUAAUAUAAUCGCAAGCGUGAACAUCAGUUCGCUUGUCCAUUAUCAGAAUGCCACCUGUCACUCGACAUCAGUUAAAAAAAACUGGUUUGAAAACCGAACCUUAUUCUAAAGAGAAUCGUCCAUUAGAUAGAAGAGCUGCUUUGUUAGAUCUUGUAUCAAAUAAUGGUGCCAAGACGUCUAACAAAUUAGAAAUUGUCAAAGAUGAUAAUUCUACAAAGACUGAUAAGACAUGUAAGGUAACACAACAAAAAAUAGAAAUUACCCAACCUGCUAUUAUCAAAAAGCCAGAGACUCGAUCAAGUAUAAAAGAAACUGAACGUUUAUCUUUAAAUAGUUCAGAAGAUAGUAAUCUAUUUAAAUCAACUCUUGAAGAAACAGUAGCUUCAAGAAAUUCUGCAAAAUCUGAUGAACUGUAUAUAACUGCUGUUGAUAACACUCACAGUUCCUCUCUUGAAAUCAACCACUCAGAAUUAUAUCAUUCUGCUGCACUAGAAUUGAGUGUCAAUAGUAAUGAAGAGGAAAUAUUUGAAAUAGAUCAGGCCAGUUGGAAUAAUUUCAUUUAUGUGGGUUGUUAUGCAAGAGAUAUUAUGAAAUAUCUCAGGCAAAGAGAAGAUCACUUUAUUAUCACUGAUUACAUUAAUAAACAACCCGAAAUAACUGCAAAACAUCGAGCAAUUGUUGUUAAUUGGUUAGUAAGCUUACAAGAAAUGUAUGGUUUAAAUCAUGAAGUAUUGUACAUGGCUGUCAAACUAAUUGAUCUAUAUUUAAUGGAAAAUGAAACAUUACAAAAUAAAUUUCAACUUUUGGCCUCUGGAGCAUUAUUAUUAGCUACUAAGAUUGAUGAGAGGGGAGAGCCAGGUUUCCCAUACGAUUUAGUCAAACAUAGCAAGUACAUUUAUACAGAAGAAGAAUUAUUUCUUACUGAAAGGGAAUUAUUUAGAGCUUUAAAGUAUGAUAUCAAUGUUCCUUUGUCAUAUGUAUUUUUGAGGCGAUAUGCUCGUUGCAUGAAAUGUCAAAUGAUUUUAUUAACAUUAGCAAGAUAUAUAUUGGAAUGCAGUUUAUUAGAAUAUAAAUUUGUGAUUUUAAAAGAUUCAUUGAAAGCUGCAGCGUCCUUAUACUUGGCAUUUAAAAUGUGUAAUAAAGAGAUUGAAACAAAAGAAUUCUUUAAAUAUACAGAUUAUGAAGUAACAGCAAUCAACGAAACGGUAAUUGAAUUAAACAACAUGUUACAUACUCAAAGUUCAAAUCUGUCUGCUGUUAAACGAAAAUAUUCACACGAGACUUUUUUCAAAGUUGCUAAUAAGUCAUUAUUAAGCAAUUCCAAACUUACUUUUGACUAAACCAGGAAUAUUCAGCAUGUUUGGGAAUAAAAAUGCAUUUUUGUUUAGUUAUUUACAGAUAUAAUAAUCAUUGUUUUUUUUACUUUAUUUUUUAAUAAGGUUUUUUUUAGACGGGUCCACUUAUUCAACAAAUUACACAUAUUAUAUAAAACGUACAAUGUAUAUUAUCCAUUAAAAAUUGUUUUGUAGUUAAUCACUUUAAAAGUAACUUGAAAAAUGAAACUAUCGUUAAUCUGUAUUUAUAAUUUACCGUCUUAAAAUGUUAGAAUGUACUCGAUAUG